AUGUCUACCGCUGAGAAAACAUUAGAUGAGCAGCUUACCACAGCUGAUAAAAACCUGGACGAGGUUCCUACCCCAGAGAGAAAGCAGAGAGUUAGGACCCUGACACCUAAAGCUGCAGAAAACUAUGGUAAACAGGUAGAGAAGUAUCAGAUGCUUAUCAGAUCAACCUGGCAAGAUGUAUAUGAGUACAUAAACAAAAGAACUGGUUCUUUUGAGGAAACCUUAGAAGUUCUCAAUGAGACUAAGAGGAAUUUAUGCCUGAUAUAUGGGAAAUAUAGAUUGGCAUGUAGAGAUUUCACCAGUUACCUUCAUGCAAAUUACACAGAUGAAAGUAUUCGUCUCGUUUCGAUCCACACUCACGAAGAUGGCAAGUGUGAUGAAUUGGUUCAGAGCAUCCUAAAGCAGUUGGACUCUAAACAAGAAUUACUUGCAGAGAGGGCAUCACAGCAUUCAAGCAGUCACAGGUCUCACAGGUCUAAAUCUAGUCGUACAUCUAGUUCUAACUCCGAAGCAUUGCGAGUUAGAGCUAAAGCUGAGAAGGCCAAGGCGGCUAAAGAGUUCAUGAAGAAAGAAGCCAUGCUGCUUAAACAACAAGCUGUGUUGGCCGAACAGGAGGCAGUUUCCAAAGCUAAGUCACAACGUCAUCGACAGGAAUUGGAAAUAGACUUGAAUAUUGUGAAGGAGGAGAGAGAAUGUGCAGAGGCUGAAGCCGAAGCAGUUGUGUAUGAAGAGUUAAGCUCCCAGGGAGAUAGAAGUGAGUCUGAGAAUUUUACCUUACCUAAACGAGUUGAAAGUGCUUAUGAGCGUACUAGGAGUUAUGUCAACACACAUCAAAGUGCUGAAAGCACUGAAGGCACUGAGAGCACUGAGUUGAUAGUGGAACCAACCAACAACCCAGUUACAGUCUCACUGCCUGUACCGGUAACUACGACCAAGGAUGAAGUUGUACCUUCAUUAGUAAACUUCCUCAUGCGCAAGGAACUCGCAUCCUCAAGACUUAUGAAUUUCAACGACAAAUCCAAUUCAUACCUUAGCUGGAAAACUACAUUUCAGUCAGUCAUGAAAGAAGCCUCCAUUACACCAGGUGAAGAACUUGAUCUUCUUGUGAAAUGGCUGGGUCCUGUGUCAUCGACAUAUGCUUCAAGUAUAAGGAGUAGUAAUGGCAGCAAUCCAGCUCUCGGCAAGAAACUUUUAUGGGAACGCCUUGACGAAAGGUAUGGCAGUGCUGAAGCAGUAGAGGCAGCUUUACAAACAAAAUUAGAUAGUUUUCCUAAACUUAUUGACAAGACCAAGAUGUAUGAACUUGCAGAUGUUCUCACAGAAAUCGAAGUAUUGAAGGAUGAUCCUAAAUAUCACCAGAUCUUGUCGCAUUAUGACUCUCCAUUAGGUGUGAGGCCGGUAUUGACAAAACUGCCGACACGUGUACAAUCUAAGUGGACCGAUCGAGCCUUUUCAUACAAAAACACGAGACAUGUUGCCUUCCCUCCUUUCGUAUUUUUUGUAACCUUUAUAAAGGAAAUGGCCCGACUGAUGAAUGAUCCAAGUUUCGUGUUACAAAACGAAAAGUCGACCAGAGAAGAUUCCAGGAAUCCUGCGAGAACCAACGUCUACAGACCAAUCACAGUGAAGAAAACGGAAGUUAAUUCGGGAGAAAAGGAAGUUAAUGUCAAAUUCUGUGCAGUUCAUAACUCCACGACUCAUUCCCUCAAUGAGUGCAGAGAAUUCAGAAGGAAACCUUUGGCGGAGAGGAAACUUUUGUUGAAAGAACAUAAGAUCUGUUUCAAAUGUGGUGAGACUAACUCACACAUGGCUAAAGAAUGCAAGGCCAUCAUUAAAUGUAAGCAAUGUGGAAGCAAACAACACCCUACUGGUUUACAUCAAACUAAUGAGAGUGAGCGUAAGGAUUUUAGCCAUUCAGAAAUGAUUCCUCAUGGCGGGGAGCAAGUUCAAAGUGUAACAACGAAGUGUACUGCAGUAUGUGGACAAGGAAUCGGUGGCAGAUCCUGUGCUAAAACUUUACUGGUAAAUGUGUUUCCGGCUGAGCAACCAGAAAAGGCCAUUACAGUUUACGCAGUGAUAGACGACCAAAGUAAUAGGACACUGAUUAGUCCAGAGCUUCUUGACCAACUAGGAGUGCAGGGCGAGGAUUACUGCUACACUAUUUCUUCAUGUACCGGAACUGCUCAAGCUUCUGGACGCAAGGCUGACGGAUUAGUCGUUAGUUCGAUUGAUGGAUUUUCGAGUCACUUACUACCGAGUACUAUAGAAUGUGAUGAUAUACCACAAGACAGAUCUGAGGCAGCUACUCCAGAGGUUGUUCUACAUCAUAGCCACUUAAAGGAACUGAAAGACCAUAUUCCUAAGUUCCAAUCGGAUUGUCACAUAGGGCUUCUGAUUGGAAGAGAUUUACCCGAGGCACAUCAAGUUCAAAGGCAGAUAGUAGGACCUAGACGAGCGCCAUUUGCACAGAAGUUGAGCUUAGGAUGGGUAGUUAUAGGGGAAGUUUGCUUAGGCAAAGUGCACCCUCCUAGUACUGUCAAGGUAAUGAAAACUGCUAUAAUCAACAGUAGGGGUUCUAUAUUCCAACCGUGUGACUUCAACCUGUAUACUAAAGAGAGUUCGGAGAACGACCACAUCUUUGUUAAAACGAAGGAUGAUGAGAAGGUCAGUCUGUCUGUUGAAGAUCGUCAGUUCCUUGAUGUAAUGAAUGAAGAGUGCCAUAAAGAUACAGAAGGAUUUUGGACAGCACCUUUACCUUUUCGAUACCCAAAGUCUAGAAUGCCCAACAACAGACCUGUUGCAUGGAAGAGAGCUAUGAUCCUGGAUGCGUCUCUCAAGAAGAACCCUACAAAGCGAGAGCAUUUUGUAUCCUUCAUGCAAAAGGUCCUUGACUCUAAAGCAGCAGAGGUAGCCCCACCUACAACUGACGAGGUAUGGUACUUGCCCAUAUUCGGGGUGUAUCAUCCGAAGAAGCCCGAUAAGAUCAGGGGAGUAUUCGAUUCGUCUGCGGCUUACGAAGGCAUUUCUCUUAAUGGAACUCUCCUGUCUGGACCUAACCUUACCAAUAGUUUACUGUCAAUUCUCCUUCGCUUUAGAAACGAUUUGUAUGCAGUGACUGCCGAUGUGGAACAAAUGUUUUACAGGUUUCUCGUGAAGAAAGAACACAGAGAUUUCCUGCGUUUCCUAUGGUACAGGAACAAUGAUCCUACUGAGGAACUAAUAGAAUAUCGAAUGCGAGCGCAUGUAUUCGGUAAUAGCCCGUCACCAGCUGUUGCCACCUACGCCCUACGUAAAGCGGUUGAGGAUGCCGAGAAAGAUGUCAAGGAUCUAGUUAACCAGGAUUUUUAUGUCGACGACUGUCUGCUAUCUCGUCCUACCGCACAACUAGCAGCUGAUGUCGUGAAACGUACCCAGUUGGUGUUGAAGACUAACGGAAACAUUCGUUUGCAUAAAAUAACCUCAAACAACCCUGAGGUGAUGAACGCCUUUCAUGAAGAAGAUCAGUGUCAAACAUUGAAAUCUUUGAACUUUGACAAGGAUGCACUGCCGGUACAGCACAGUUUGGGCAUGUCCUGGGACCUAAACACAGACUCUUUCAAGUUCGAUAUCCAGGUCAAUACUAAACCGGAAACCCGUCGGGGCAUGCUCUCCACUUUAAACAGCAUAUUUGACCCGAUCGGUUUCCUAUCACCAAUCACAAUCCAUGGUCGUAUUCUCUUCAGGGAGAUUGCUACUGGUACCGGAUGGGAUGAACCUAUACCUACAGAGCAACUGGAAAAGUGGAAUGUUUGGACAAGGUCUCUGGAACAACUGAAGGACAUCUCCAUUCAACGAAUGUUCGUUCCUCUUUCCCUCAGCACAUCGGACGGGGUAGAACUACAUAUCUACUCCGACGCCUCGGAGAAGGCGAUUGCGACGGUGGCAUAUGUGGUUACUUUACACGAUGGAAUAUACCAUACUGGUUUUGCGGCAGGAAAGUCAAAGAUAGCCCCAGUUAGAGGACACACUAUACCUAGACUUGAGCUGUGCGCAGCCGUCAUGGCAGUUGAACUUGCUGAAUUUCUUUGCGAAUCUCUCCAUAUAUCUCUACAAUCCGUGAGGUACUACAGUGACAGUAAGGUCGUUUUAGGGUAUGUUAAUAACAAGACACGCAGGUUCUACACAUAUGUUGCUAAUCGCGUGGAAAGGAUUUUGCGCAGCUGUCGAGCAGAUCAGUGGUCAUACGUCAAUACUAGAGAAAAUCCAGCUGAUCUUGCUACUCGUUCUUCCACCAAGCCAGAGGAUUUUGCAAACAGCAACUGGCUGCGAGGUCCUGAACAACUCUAUAAAAACUUUGCUAUAACACCAAGGGAGUUUCCAUUAGUAGAGCCAGAUGAUGACAAGGAGCUGCGACCGGAAGUCACAGUAGCUUCCCGUAAAACUGUUUUAGAAGAAAGCUUCAUUGACCGCUUACAAGAUUUGUCUAACUGGCGCAAACUAGUGAAUGUCAUAGUCCUGAUUAAGAGAGCUGCUCGUCGCUUCAAGGGAAAACUUACCCCGGACUCUCCGACUGAGAGCACAACACAUCUAAUCAAGGAAUCUACUGCUGUUAUCAUUAGACUUAUUCAAGAGCAUGCUUACCAUGAAGAAGUUUUGUGUCUAAGGGAAGGAAAACAUGUGCCCAUGUCAAGUCACAUCAGGAAUUUGGACCCUUAUCUGGAUGGUUCUGGUGUCUUGCGUGUAGGGGGACGUCUAGGAAAGAGCGAUCUUCCUAUCGAGGAAACUAAUCCCAUAGUUUUACCUAGUAAACAUUGUCUGACAAAGCUUUUAGUCCAGCAUCAUCAUAAAGCAGUAUAUCAUCAAGGACGGCUUAUCACGGAAGGUUCAUUAAGAAACAAUGGUUACUGGAUAGUAGGUGCUAAAAGGUUGAUCACCAGUAUCAUUAGUAGCUGUGUUACGUGCCGGAAACUUCGAAGGCCCCUGGAACAUCAAAAGAUGUCUGAUCUCCCUAAGGAUCGACUUGUUCCAGGGCCUCCGUUCACCUCCGUAGGUGUUGAUGCCUUCGGACCUUGGUCCGUAGUCACUAGGAAGACGCGAGGUGGAUCAGCAAACUCGAAGCGGUGGGGAAUGCUGUUCACGUGUCUGACGACACGUGCCAUACACGUGGAGGUAACAGAAGAAAUGUCUAGCUCAUCAUUCAUCAACGCUCUGCGACGGUUUGUUGCUAUCAGAGGCAACGUGAAAGAAAUACGUUCAGACUGUGGGACAAACUUUGUUGGAGCUGUGAACGAGUUACACAUUGACAGCGUUAAUGUUGGAGAUGGACCUACUGCCUCUUAUCUCAAUGAUUCUGGCAUCGUGUGGAAAUUCAACGCUCCACAUUCCUCCCACAUGGGUGGAGUGUGGGAGCGAAUGAUUGGGGUAGUUAGGAGAAUACUUGAUUCUAUGUUAAUGGGUGCUGCAGGCAAAAGUCUAACGCAUGAGAUUUUGGUGACAUUCAUGGCUGAGCAUUGA